AAAGAAGUCAGUCAGGCGUAAUGAUCUGUGCUGUACUGACCGCAUUGCUCUUUGCCGCAAAUAUUCAAGUUGUCACUGCUGAUGUCAACCACUGCCCAAGUGGAUGGACCUUCUCUACCAACACAUCCUACUGUUAUAUUCAAUCUGCCCAAUACCUCUCCUACAGUGAAGCUUCAAACUACUGUCAAUCAAUUGGUGGUACUCAAGUAUUCAUCUUCACACUUCGAGAACUCACCUGGCUUACUGACUUCACAUCAUCCUCGUUUGCACAGCCAUGGCUAGCAACUACCAGAAAUAUCACAACUGACAAGUGGUACAACUCGGAUGGAACGACACCUGCUGCUACAUAUUGGACAUCAGGAGAGCCAGGCGUGAAUGGAGAUUGUGCAACAUUCAAAGGAGCAGGUGCCAGUGGACUUAAAGCAACACAAUGCUACAGUAUCCAGCCAGCAUUAUGCAGACAAAUGCCAGCAUUGUGUCCUAGUCAAACAUCCUAUGGAGGUCAAUACACUGGAUCAGGAACUAUCACUUCGCCAGGUUAUCCGAAUCAAUAUUAUAACAAUUUGGAUUGUGUGUACACAAUUUUAUCACCUAAUAAUACUUACAUUACAAUGCAAUUCUCCCCAUAUAUGGUUGAAGAAUAUUUUGAUUGGAUUGAUUUGUUUGAUGGUCCGAAUACAACAUAUCCGUUUCUUGGAACAACUGACGAUUGGUGGUCUCUCCGUUUCAACUUUGAAAGUUCCAGUAACGCUGUCAGUUUUAUAUUCCAUACUGAUAGUAUUGUGACUGACAAAGGAUGGCUUUUGACUUGGAGUGCAAAAACAAAAACUCCACCAAUUAGCCAAUCUGGUCAAAAUGGAUCCUUCACAUCACCUAAUUAUCCGAACAAUUAUGACCCGUACACUGAGCAAAUUUAUUAUGUGAAUGCUCCAACUGGAUUCCAAGUCAACUUGACAAUACCUGAUUUUGUGACAGAGGCGAAUUAUGAUGUGCUGGAAAUUUAUAAUACAUCUACUGUAAUUUCGUCGGGGCUUGUUGCAAAUUUAUCCGGCUCAGCAGUGGCACCGUAUUCUUGGCUUUCUCCGUCCAACUAUGUAACAAUGCGUUUUAGAUCAGAUGGAGUUGUUCAGAAACAAGGAUUCUCAAUUGUCUGGUUCAUUCAAUAAUAAAUAGUUUUUUCCUCUUUU